AUGCUGCAAGGGACGUGGAAGGGAGGCGCACGACAGCAUCUGCGCUUUUUGCAAGCGCAAGAAACUGAUGAAAAACGGAGUGGCGAGAAACUUGCAGAGCCAUGCCCACACGCCAAGGAGCGGGGUCGCUACCUGAUUCGUAUCAACUCCCCUGAGUUGGACCUCGUAAACGGGUUUCUGGACCUGGAGCUCAUAGCCAUAAUAGGUGACUGCAUUAAGGGUGUUCUUUUCCCGGCGGUGACGAUGAAUACUCGCUCGCUCGCCGAGGAGUACAUUCACCCCAGCCACCGUCUUUGGGCCUCUUUUGAUACCCCGCUCUCCAUCGUGCAGGCAUCUGAGAUCUGCCGCCAGAGCCACUACCAGUGCGCUGUGGUGGGCCGAAGACGGCCUGCGGUAGAUCUCCAGCUGUCAUUGGGCGGCGUCACGUGCAGUGAUACCAGUGGGGGUGGCCUGAGCAGUGACUGCCUUCAGGUGUUACUUGCAGCGAGAGCCUUCAAUAUGCACGUUUUGGAUGGCACCUUUGAUGAUGCCUCGGACACCGCUGGAUUUCGCCGUGACGUACACCUCAGCUGCUCACUUGGGUUUGACGGCAAGUUGAUCGUGCACCCCGCCCAACUUGCUUCCUGCCACGCGGCAUUUGCCCCCACAGAGGAGGAAUUGACGUGGACGAAGUGA